AGCCUAAGAUGACCUUUACAAUAAUACAGACCAGGGUGGGACAGUUAAUGGCAGAAAGUCUUAGGGUUCUGGAAAUACACAAGAUAAUUUCUUGAGAUAUUUAAUAUGAGAUUUGAUUGAAGAAUCAAUAAUGGCUAAUGCUUUCAGCCUGAGAAAUUAGAAGGAUAGAAUUGUAAAGGUGGGGUUUAAAUGAGUCCACCAGACAAGGCAAGAUGCCUCUACAGAAUUGGCAUAUAUUGAGAUAGCAAGACUACCAGGAUAGAUGUGUGUGUGUGUGUGUGUGUGUGUGUGUGUGUGUGGUGAUCCAAUCUAAUCAGGAUUUAGAAGCCUGCCUAUUUGACAUCCCAGAAAAACUGGCAAAGAGGUGGAUCUGUGAAAUACACCCAGAGCAAAACCCUGAUGUAGAAUAUAUACACCCCAGAGUCAUCUGUGUGUAGACAGUAUUUAGGCCACAAAUCAUUAAGAGGCAGUCUAAUAUUGAAAGACUGGACACGGCAUGGUCUGCUGAUCACACUGUGUACCUUUACAAGUAAAGGUCUUCUGAAGAAUCGAACAGGUUAAACAGCUUGACACAAGGAGCCUUUGACCUGGGAAUUGGUAUAAAGAGAGAAAUGUUACCAAGAUGUUCAAAAAGAAAACCAAACAUUCCAAAUUGCUCUCUAUUGAGCCACAUGACAGGCACUGUGAUCAACAAGGUGAAUUCUGUAUGGCAUAUUUUCAAGUGACCAUUAGGUGGCAGAAAAGCCUUCUCUAAACCAACUGCGAGCUACAGUCUUCCUCCACCCUGUCUGGCUAGGAGUCCUCUGAAUCAAAGACAAGUUAGUCUAGUGAAUGCAGAGUACUGUAGUUACAGAGAAGAGAGAACAGGGAGCCAACAGCCUGUAAUUCACAGAGGAGAACAAGCUAUCCAGAGUAGACUGUAGGUGUGGUUCGCUUUGGAAAGAGAUGUUUGGGUGGUCUUAAGGAGCAUGAGUUGACUACAACCAGUCCGUUAGGCCGUAUUUAAACCUUUCAUAUUCAAGCUUUUUAGAUUUUCGUGAGACUGAAGUAGACAGGGCUCAGAAGUAAAAGACAAGGAUCCUUCCUAGAAAAUAAUGCACAGAGCAUUCUAGAACUGGCCUGAAGUUUAAGCUUUCUGUAGUUCACCACCUCACUGAACUUUGCAUUUAAAAGUUAUUUCUUUUCCCACUCUUCAUAAGACGUGCUGAUCUUCAAAUUUGACUGCAAGUUGGGGUCACCUGGGUAGCUUCACAGACUUCAGGUGGCCUGUGUAUCCUGGGACUGUGAUAUAAGUAAGUGGCCUGCGGUACAUCUCUUUGGCGCUUCUAUCAAGACCCAGGUGACUCUAAAGUCGAGUUUGGGAACACCAGGUUUGGUCAAUGUUGACUGUGUAAACAUAGCAAAGCUCCCCACAAAUCAAACACGUCCCUCCUUGUAAGACAAACACAAGAUCAUUUCCACGUCAGCACACACAGGGACUUGGUGUGGCCUCAGUUGGGUGUGAUCAAUUUACCUUCUGUGUAACAGCUUCUAGCUGAGAAGAAGGUGUCUAAUUACGGCGAGGAAAAGGAAGCAUCAUGAAUUCACUGUCUGAUGGAUCAUUGUCUACUUGAAGUUGGCCAGUACUGUAAUUGCUACACCUUUAGACUGAGCAUUCCUCUCGGGUGUGAAGAGUCAAGACUGCUGAUAGGGUUACCUCUGAACUCCGUCUUUACCUUGACUGAGAACAGCUAGACACCCCCCGGCUCUAUAUAAACCCUGUGCUGGGCAUCUUGUCCUGGAGCAUUCUGUUUUCACGUAACUGGGGAAUCCUUUGUGGAGGAAGGCCAUCUCCAGCAGUUAUAUUCAGAAAUGAGUGGAUCUUAUAGAAGAGCUGUUCCCAAAAGGGUUAUCCACUUUGCUGACGGAGACACCAUGGAAGAAUACAGCACAGAGGAAGACGAAGAAAGAGAGGAACAGAACUUGGCACAUGAUCCUUCUAAACUUUCGUGGGGAUCAUACUUCUGGUUUUGGGCAGGUCAAGUGGCAAGCAAUUCAAUUUCUACUUGUGAAUUCCUUGGUGAAAGAUUUGCCAUCUUCUUUGGCCUUACUGAACCCAAAUACCAGUAUGUGCUGGAUGAGUAUCACAGAACACAAAAUAAGGAAGGUGACAAGGAGUUUGAAGGGAAUGGAUCAAAGACCCAGGAUGCUGAGGUUCCUAAUGAAAAGUGUCACCUGGGAGCUGGUGGCCAAGAGUAUGGGGCCAUCUCUUCCAGAGAAGGCCCAGGGGCAGUUUCCAGCUCAUGAUGGACAGCAGAACCUACCCCUGCAUUCCGAUGCCUUGACUAUUGGUUACCAUGGUGACAGCACAAUAGGCAGUACUUGUGAGCUUGGUCUGGUUCUAAGCUCAUGAAUGAAUUCUCAAGAAUCCAAGAGUUAUAUAUAACAAGUAAAGCAAUUUUAGAGACUUUCACAAUAUAAAAUUUUAAUUGUGAACACCUACCCUGAUGUCAUCCCAGUAAUAGAAAUUCUGUCUGCUCUGACUUUGCACAACAGCAAUGCCUCAUGGGCCUGAAAGUCUGGGCUUCCAUUUUUAUGAUGGUGUUAAAGUCCAGUAAAAACAAAAAACAAAACAGAACAAAACACUAGAAAUCUAAAUUUAACCUACGAAUUCCCCUUAUAACAAGUAUUUUCUUCUAUACAGCCAACUGAAUUCAUUGGAACUUGUUUUACCAUCGGCAACUUCAUCAGUACAUUACCCCCUUUAAAGAUCUUUGUCAACAUCUUUGAGAGUUCCAUGGUAAAAUCAGUAGCUGAGUGCUAGAAAUAGUCUGUGUCCUAGUUCCCCUUGUGUUGCUCUGAUGAAGUCCUCCAACAGAAGCUGCUUAGGGGCGACUGUUUAUUUCAGCUCACAGUUCCAGGUUCCAGUCCAUCAUGACGGGGGGUGCACCGCAGCAGGAGCUCCAGAGAACCCAGUCUUGUGAAGUCCACAGUGGGACUAGGGCAAUGGGUGCAUGGAUGCCAGUGCUCAGCCAAGUCUCUUCUUCCCAUCAGUCCAGUAACCAGCCCUUGGGAGUGGCAGCACCUACCUUAAUUAGGUCAGAAAAGAGCAUCGUUCACAGAUAUGCCCCUGGCCAACUUACUCUAGAAUGCCUCAUAGAGACUCCCUUCCCCAGUGGCCCUAGAUUGCUUCAAGCUAACGAUGAAAACUAGUCACAAUAUUUUAAACAGAUUUUUAAAUUUUAACCUUUUACAUCCCUUCCCUCCUCCCACUCCCCUCCCCAGCCCACCCCUCCCUCUACUCCUCAGAAAGUAGCUUAUAUAACAAAAUAGGAUUGUUUUUGGAAGGGUAAUAAGGUAGCUCACAGUCUCCAAGGUCAGAUAAAUCUCAACAGUGUCUAGCUCAGUCUGAUAAGAAACUAACAAAGUCCCCUCCCUUUCUCAUCCCUCAUGCACUGGAGGCAGAGGGACAUUCAGUAACAUUCCUAACUCCUCUGCUCAGUGAUUAGUGUUUUGAACCUCAGUCCCAACUCAAAACAGUCAGGAAACAGUUUCUGACUAGCCCUCCUUUGUCCUAUGCCAAGUAGAGACACACUGUAGUAACAUGGUUAUAGGGCCCUUUUCUCAAUGAAGGUGAUUCUCAGGAAAAGGGACUAAAAAUGAUCUCAGCAGAUAAUGCUGUGGGCAUUUUAUGCAAAAAUCGAAGAAAGCCACUUAGCCAUAAUUAGGCACUAUAGUCACUGUGCGUCAGUUAUGCUUUUGAACAUUUGUGAUGUGUCACGUUGAUUGGGCCCGGAUUAAAGACCGUCUGUGAGACUGUUUCAGUGAGACCAGCACUCAUACAGUGUGGGGGCGUCAUGUAACUCCAUCCAAGGCCUGAGUGGGAUAGAAAGUCCAGGAUGGAGGAUCUUCUCCUUUCUGCUGCCUUCGUGCUUGAGCUACAAUGUCUCGUGUCCUCUUCUCUUCGUGUGCCCUUGGCCUGGGACUCAGGUCACUGCUUGCCCCACCCCACCCCAUUCUCAGGCCUUUGGACUUUGCUUUGUUCUGACACCAGCUUUCCUGAAUUCUCAGGAUGCAGGUGGCAGACUAUGGGAUAUCUUGGCUUCUAUAACCGAGUGGAAUCAUAUCUAUCCAACUCCCCGUAAGAGACCUACUUCCCUACCUAUCUAUCAUCCGUUCAUCCUACUGGUUCCAAACCACUGGAGAAACUGAUUAAUAAACAUAGAGAGAGAA